GGAAUGCGAGGGGCGCUCCCGCAUCUCCUGCACAUCUUCGACUCGUCUCGGGAGGAGUGCCCCAGGCUACUUUCCCAACUUCCUCACGCUGCUCCCAGCUCGCGAGGCUGCUGAGAGCCCCUACUACGGCUGGCCUUCUUUUUACGUUGUCUGCAGGGAGAAAGGAGGCGAGGGACACCUUGGUGCUGGGGAACUGACCUCUGUCCUGGUGGGCCUCUGGCUGGGGAGGGUCAAAGAGGAGUGGCUGGGCCUGGGGGACUCCAUGCGGGGGCCAUGGACAGAGCAGCGCUCCUGGGACUGUCCCGCCUGUGCGCGCUGUGGGCAGCCCUGCUCGCGCUGUUCCCCUGCGGAGCCCAAGGAAACUGGAUGUGGUUGGGCAUCGCCUCCUUUGGGGUUCCGGAGAAGCUGGGCUGCGCCAACUUGCCGCUGAACAGCCGCCAGAAGGAGCUGUGCAAGAGGAAACCGUACCUGCUGCCGAGCAUCUGCGAGGGCGCCCGGCUGGGCAUUCAGGAGUGCAGGAGCCAGUUCAGACACGAGAGAUGGAACUGCCUGGUGGCCGCCGCCGCCCCGCCGGACGCCAGCCCUCUCUUUGGCUACGAGCUGAGCAGCGGCACCAAGGAAACAGCAUUUAUUUAUGCUGUGAUGGCUGCAGGCCUGGUGCAUUCUGUGACCAGGUCAUGCAGUGCAGGCAACAUGACUGAGUGUUCCUGUGACACCACCUUGCAGAACGGCGGCUCAGCAAGUGAAGGCUGGCACUGGGGGGGCUGCUCUGAUGAUGUCCAGUAUGGCAUGUGGUUCAGCAGAAAGUUCCUAGAUUUCCCCAUCAGAAACACCACGGGAAAAGAAAGCAAAGUACUAUUAGCAAUGAACCUACAUAACAAUGAAGCUGGAAGGCAGGCUGUCGCCAAGUUGAUGUCAUUAGAGUGCCGGUGUCACGGAGUUUCCGGCUCCUGUGCUGUGAAAACAUGCUGGAAAACCAUGUCUUCUUUCGAAAAGAUUGGCCGUCUGUUGAAGGAUAAAUAUGAAAACAGUGUCCAAAUCUCAGACAAAAUAAAGAGGAAAAUGCACAGGAGAGAGAAAGAUCAGAGGAAAAUACCAAUCCACAAGGAUGAUCUGCUCUACGUUAAUAAGUCUCCUAAUUACUGUGUAGAGGAUAAGAAACUCGGGAUCCCAGGGACCCAAGGCAGAGAGUGCAACCGCACGUCAGAGGGCGCAGACGGCUGCAACCUCCUCUGCUGCGGCAGGGGCUACAACACCCACGUGGUCAGGCACGUGGAGCGAUGCGAGUGCAAGUUUAUCUGGUGCUGCUAUGUCCGCUGCAGGAGGUGUGAAAGCAUGACUGAUGUCCACACUUGCAAGUAACCACUCCAGCCAGCCUUGGGCAAGAGUCCCCAGUGACAGACGUACAACGGGAGUGGCUCCCACUGUGCUGGGCUGGGGAGCCUGACGCCUGCCUCCUCAGAAUUCGCAGAUCCUCGAGGCUCUCUCAGAAGUCCCUUUACCUGAUCGAUGUCAAUGUCACACACUAGGCAUGUAGAUUUCUUGGGAUUCUAAAACUGAAAAAGUUUGAGUUCAUAUGUUGGUGGUUUAGGGAACAGAUGUUGAGGGGCAAGGAAGAUAAACUGUCUCGUAAGCAAGAAAGAACAGGAAAGAGCCUUCAUGCCGAGAGACCUGGUCCAUACUCAGGAUAAGAUCCUUGACUAUGGAACUCGGUUAUGGAACUCAAUAGUGGUGGGUGAAUAUUAGUCAUUUUUAAAAGACAUCUAUUAGAGCAGCAAGGAGCAGUAAACAUGAAUCUCAUUCUCUGAGUAUUUUUUAUGAAGAAAUCAUACUAAGUGUUGGUGCAUAGAAACAGAAGGUGUUGGGACAGGUUAACAGAAGUGGUGGGUGCCUACUUAACACUUUCAUUCAUUCAGAAAGAAUCUUCAUAAGUGAUAUAACACCCCUAAAACAUGUUUGUUAGUGAUAUUUCGUGACAAAACAAAAGAAGCAAGAUGUAAGAAGCAAAAUGUAAAAAGCAAAAUGUAUGAUUUGGAGUUUAAGUGACUUUUAACCAGGAGAAUUGAUCUACAAGAGUAUCAGUAAGGUAUAUAGCAACCUUUAUCUUUGGCUUCACACUUUCAUUAUAGACCAGCUUCCACUGUUAAAAACUCAGCUCUGAAAUACUGUAGGAAGGGAUCCUGAAAGCAUGUGGGAAAAUCAGAGGUAGAAAUAUAAAGGGCUCUCGUACAUUGUAAGGAAAAGCACCCUUUAAAUGUGUAAAGACAGUAUUUUGUACA